GUCAGAAGAGAAAUAAAGUUGAGCGAGGAGGAGGUCGAUGCAAAAAGGCGCUCGUCCGUAAUGAAGUUACGCUGAAAGUGCUCGAAAGUGACCCGACCGAGGCCACUUCACCUCGAGGAUUUUACAUUUUUCCAAACCGGUGAUUGGAGGAGAAGAUGAUGUCUGACGCCAGCGAGAUGUUGGCGGCCGCCUUGGAGCAAAUGGACGGGAUCAUCGCAGGCUCCAAGGCCAUGGACUACUCCAACGGACUGUUCGACUGCCAGUCCCCCACGUCGCCGUUCCUGGGCGGCCUGCGGGUGCUGCACCUGCUGGAGGACCUGCGGGCAGCUCUGGAGCUCAUGGAGAACGCAGAGCGGGACAACCUACGCUGCCAGAUCCCCGACACCACUGCCGAGGGCCUGGCCGAGUGGCUGCAGGGACGAAUGACAAAUGGCCACAGCUCAGAGGCGGUCUACCAAGAGCGCUUGACCAGACUGGAGAGUGACAAAGAGUGUCUAAUUCUUCAGGUCAGUGUCCUGACAGACCAGGUGGAGGUCCAAGGGGAGAAGAUCCGGGACCUGGACAACUGCCUGGACCUUCACCGGGAGAAGCUCUGCGCCUCUGAGGAGCUGCUGCAAAAAGAGUUGCUGACCCGCUCGGCACUGGAGACCCAAAAGCUGGAGUUGAUGACGGAGGUAUCGGGUCUGAAGCUGAAGCUGAGCGCAGUGGAGAGGGAUCACAGAGAUAAUGAGGACUUGUACCGGGAAGUAAGCGAGUUGCGUUUGCGCGUGGCUGAUAUUGAGAGUGAGCGUCUGCAGUGCGACAGGAAAACCAAAGCUUGUAAAGCUCCGAAGCGGACUGCGGGAGCUGAGGUGAAGUGCUUCCACCUCUGCCACCAGUCACCUACACACCACAACUCCGCAGAAGAGCUGCAGCUGCUGCAGCGGGAGUUGGAGGAGCGAGAGGCGGAACUUAGGAGGUUGAAGGACGAGAGCAGACCGAGGGCAACGGAGGUGGGAGAGAGAGAUGCUGAAAUGUCCAAGAUGAAGACGCUGUUGGACUCGCUCAUGUCGUCCAACGAUGAGAAGGAGCGAAGGAUCAAAGAGUUGGAGAGCACGCAAGUUCUGGGUAAAAUCAAAGAGAGUCCGAAGGAAGACGACUAUGCCGACAUCCAAGAUGAUCGGUCGUUUCCUGCCACUGCCGAGGUCAGGCUGGCGUCGGAGGGCGAGACAGGAAGGCUCUCCGUGGAGUCUCGUCCAGGCAUCACCGUGCUGGAUGAGAUUAAGGAACUCGAUCGAGAGCGACAGCUGCAGGCGGUCGAGAGAGCCUCUGAGGUGGCUUCAAGCAACACCAAUGAGCAGGCAAAAAGCAAGUGUCGAUCUUUGGCCAGUGAAGACACUUUCGGGGCCAAGAGGGUCCGCGCAUCCUUCGGUCGAGGAUUUUUCAAACUGCGAGGAGGCAAAGCCACGAGCAGCACACCAAACCUCGCCGAGACGGAAGGCAAAGUGCCGGAACACCUGGACUUGGCCGGCUCUGCUUUGCCCUUGCCGCCUGAGAGCAAGAAAAAGUCCAAAGGCUUGAGGAAGUUCUUGGGCAGGCUGAAGAGAAGCCACUCCACAUCCUUGAACCCGGACGACGAGGCCGCAUUCCGGCGCGGGGGCGUCCGGGCCACGGCCGGGCCUCGCCUGGGUUGGUCCGCAUCUUCGGUCAGCGGCCUGGACGUCCCCUUUUCACAGUGGACCCGAGAAGACGUGUGCGAGUGGCUCCACGAACAAGGCCUGGGCUUGUACGCGGAACCGGGUCACAACUGGAUCCAGUCGGGGCAGAGCCUGCUGCAAGCCUCCCAGCACGACCUGGAGAAGGAGCUGGGCAUGAAGCACCCUCUGCACAGGAAGAAGCUCCAGCUGGCCCUUCAGGCUCUCCACUGCCAUGAAGACCUCCACAAAGGCAAACUGGACCACAACUGGGUGACACGCUGGCUGGACGACGUGGGCCUGCCGCAGUACAAGAGUCACUUUGAUGAGGCCAGAGUGGACGCACGCAUGCUGCACUACAUGACCGUGGAGGAUCUCUUGUCCCUGAAGGUGGGCAGCGUGCUCCACCACCUCAGCGUCAAGAGGGCCGUGCAGGUCCUGCGCCUCAACUCCUUCCAGGCCGACUGUCUCCGGCGCCGCCCCACCGACGAGAAGCGCACGCGACCGGCCGACGUGAUCCAGUGGAGCAACCACCGAGUGAUGGAGUGGCUGCGCGCCGUCGACUUGGCCGAGUACGCGCCCAACCUCAGAGGCAGCGGUGUGCACGGGGGCCUCAUGGUUCUGGAGCCCCGCUUCACGGUGGAGGCGUUGGCUCUGCUGCUCAACAUCCCGCCAGGAAAAACGCUGCUGCGGCGCCACUUGGCGACGCACUUCCACUUGCUGGUGGGAGCAGACGCGCAGAGGCUCAAGCGGGAGUGUCUGGAAAAUCCUGACUACGUCGUGCUCACGGCCGCGGCCAAGGUCAAGCCGAGACGUCUGUCGUUCGGCGGCUUUGGAACGCUCCGGAAGAAACGUCACGACGACGGCAACGAGUACGUGUGCCCCAUGGACGCGGGCGGGCGGCUCAACCGGGACCACCCGGAGCAGCUGGAGCAGGUUAAAGCGCUUCUGGCCUCGUCGUUCUCCCGAUGGUGUCAUUCUCCCGCCGAUAACACGUUUGUCUUGAGCCAGAUGGACGACUCCGAGGGCGCCGCGAGGCAGAUCGGAGCCUUUUCCGAGGGAAUCAAUAAUCUGCCGAGCAUGCUGGAGGACGAGGAGGUUUUCGGGGAGAUCUCAGCAAGCCCACGAGAGGGCAACCGAUCCGAUGACGACGCCGCGAGACUCGACAAAUAACGCUACAUUGUGUGUGUAUGCGUGGUUGCGUGACUGUUUGCAUGUUAGAGGAAAGAAGAAGUUAUUUGGGAGAUCACUUUAUUAUCAAACGUGCUGCAUACAACUCAAUACUGCAUUUUUUUUUUUUUAGCAAUAAACAAUUGAACAAAGCUUUUAUCAUUUUCUUUUUGUUGUUUUUGGAAUAAAUACUGUUACUCGGGUAAGUCAAAUAUUUGAUUUGCAUGAGUUCUUAAUUCUUGUAAGAAUGUUCAAAAAAAAAAAAAAGCCUUUCAUAAUGAUUCAUUUCUACCAAAAAGUACAAUUAGAAGCGUGACAUAUUUCAAAUGUUUUAAAAGUGUCCAAUGUUUUACUCAUGAAGGUCGGAGUAAGAUCACAGAGCUCCUGCGCUGACGCGUUGCACUUUUCUUUACAAUUUUCCUCAUCGUGUUGUAAAAUGCGAGACCGCGUGCUGUCUUGUUGUCCUUGCAAUUUUGUAUUUACGAUUCAUUCUCGGUGGGCGGUAGACCAGCGACAGUUGUUUUCAGUUACUAAUUGUACGCUUCUUUUCUGUUUACUUUGACGUAUUCCGUGUAUUGUUAUGACAUGAUUUGAAAAGGAGGCCUGGUCAUAAUAUCGGUUUCUAUUUUCUGGCUAAAUAAAAGGUUUUGAUUUA